AUGGGUAGCCCACGAAUAACCCAAGAAAAACUUGGAUACCCACGGGUGCCCACGGGUACCCGUUUUUACACUCUACCUCCAGGAGUCUUCAAAAUCCGCAUCAUCUGGUCUCGUGCACUUUACCACUUUAGCCUUGGUGCCAGCUUCUUCUUCUUCAUCUACUACCUUCUGACGUGGUUCGAGGCAGUUCAGGGCGUGAGUGCCAUCGAGUCUGGAAAACGAACACUGCCAAUGCUUAUUGGAAACAUGGUCGGGACCGCCCUUGUUUGCAGUGCGGUAAUGAUUAUAGGCUACUACGCGCCAUUCGUGAUCGUUGCGACCAUGUUGACAUGCAUCGGCGGCGGCUCAUUGACUUUGCUCAACACUUCAGUGUCUCCAGCCACUUGGAGCAGUUCCCAGGAGUAUUAA